CGCCUGAGUUGGCAUGUGGAGUCGACCUGUGCCACCAAACAGCACAUGGUAGUCAACCACUACCUCGAGGAUGUUGAGUGUUGUUUCCCGUACGCGGGAGGGGAAUUGAGCCAUCGUGUCUCAUUCCUAGUGAGCGAUGAUCUCCCUAUGGAUAUCUUGUUAGGUAUGUACGACCUCUCCGUGGCACAACCCUUGUUUGACUGGGACCGAAAAGUGGUCAAACACACUUUGCCAGGUGGAGGGACUACGUAAAUUCAAAGCUAGUAGUCUGAUUGAGUCCCACGGAUGCAUGUCUGCGGCCGCGUUCUAUAACUAUUAUAAGCAAAAUUUAGAGGAGGGUAUGUAUCUAAUCUAUGUCUCUGCAGCAGGCGAGCCGGUGAUAAUGCCGCCGGAGAUAGAGGGAGUAGUUGCCAAGUACCUUGAUCUAUUUGAAGAGCCUACAGGGGUUGUUGAGAGGGAGGUCGUCCAUGCGAUAGAGAUUAUCCCAGGGUCUAGUAUCCCAAAGGGUAGGAUCUAUUGGAUGUCUCCAGGCGAGCUUGAUGAGCUUCGCCGGCAACUCAAGGAACUCGUAGAGAAGGGUUGGAUCCGGCCGAGUGUUUCUCCUUAUGGAUCACCAGUCCUAUUCGUACGGAAGAAGGAAGGAACACUUAGGAUGUGCAUUGACUAUAGGGGCCUCAAUGCCAUCACUGUCAAGAACAAAGAGCCCCUAUCGUGCAUCGAUGAUUUGCUAGAUAGAGUGCAAGGGUGUCGGUACUUCAGUAAGAUAGAUCUCAAGUCCGGGUACCAUCAGAUUGCAAUCCGGCCCGAGGAUCAACACAAAUCUGCAUUUCAGACCAGGUGUGAGGCUGCUUUCAGACAACUGAAGCAUGCGUCGACACACCAUGAGGUCGUGAAACUUCCUGAUCCUGACAAACCUUUCGUAGUAACUACGGAUGCUAGCCAAUAUGGCAUAGGCAUCGUACUUGCGCAGCAGGAGGGGAAAAAGUUAAGGCCGAUAGAGUACAUGUCCAAAAAAAUGCCCUCUCAGAAGUUGGCUAAGUCCACCUAUGAGAAGGAACUCUAUGCGAUCUACAAAGCGCUCACCCAUUGGAGACACUAUCUCCUUGGGAGGUUCUUCUACGUCAGGACCGAUCACCAGACCCUGAAGUGGAUCAGAACCCAGCCUGUGCUCUCCGACGCUCUGAAGCGUUGGAUUGAAGUCAUAGAGCAGUAUGACUUUGAGCCCCAGUACAUCAAGGGCGAGUACAACAAGGUUGCUGAUGCGCUGUCGCGUAGACCAGAUUUCUCUGGUGCGCUGAUCACUGAGUUUGGGCUUGCGGACAAUGUUACUCACUCUAUGGAGGGAGCCUAUUGCGAGGACUGGUUUAUGUCUGAGAUCAUACGCAGACUCGAGGCGAAGGACAAAGCUACUUCUGCCAAGUUUGAGUUGGUCAACGGACUGCUGUUCCUUGAGAAGGCAGGGAAUAAACGUCUGUGUGUGCCAGAUAGGGAGUCUUUGGGUAGUUUAUUUUUAGGCGAGUGUCAUGAUGCCACGGGACAUUUUGGUUUCAAGAAGACUGCAGCCAAUCUGCUGCAGUGGUUCUGGUGGCCCACGAUGAUGAGAGAUGCCAAGCUGUACGUGGAGACUUGUUAGGUCUGUCAGAGAGACAAGCCCCGUACACAGGCCCCUCUUGGUCUCCUCAAGCCCCUUCCGAUUCCGGAAAGGCCUGGUGAGAGCUUAUCCAUGGACUUCAUGGAUGCAUUGAUCACCAGCAAGAGUGGAAUGGGACACAUCUUUGUCAUUGUGGAUAGGUUUAGUAAGUACGCUAGAUUAGUUGCAAUGCCGGAAAUAGCAAAGACUGAGUACGUCAUUAAGCUGUUCAAAGAAAACUGGGUCAGAGAUUUCGGACUGCCUAAGUCUA